AUGGCUAGUAAGGAAAUAUCUCCCUUCUUUAUCUUAUCUUGGAUCAUUAUAGGCAUUUUGUGCAUUGUUUCCUUCUUAGCAAAUGGAUUUAUUGCCAUUGUGAAUAUGCUGCAUGGGCUCCAGAACAGGAAGAUGUUACUUUGUGAUUUCCUCUUGACUUGUUUGAGCACCUGCAGAUUAGUAACACAGUGGAUGAUUCUGAUGCACUAUUUUUUAUAUUUCUAUACUCCUGACCAUAGGUCAGAUGUGCUCAUUUUUUCUUGGAUCUAUGUCAACAUGGCCAGCCUCUGCUUUGUCUCAUGUCUCAGUGUCUUCUACUGUGUGAAGGUCACCAACUUUGCCAAUGCCUUCUUCCUUCAGCUAAAGGCAAGGAUCAAUCAGCUUUUACCCAGACUGCUUGGCAUAUCACUGGUCAUUUUCGUGCUCUCCUCUCUUCCUUCAGCCUUCAGUUAUUUCAGAUACAAAAAGUCAUGUAAUCUGACUGGAACAGCACCAGGCAACACUUCCCAAGGUGAGGUUAACAACAUAUGGGUUAUUUUUCGUCCUCUGCAGAUAACUUUUACUUUCAUAAAUUUCAGCAUAAAUAUAGCUGCAUCCCUUAUUUUGCUCACCUCUCUGUGGAGGCAUGUGAGAAACCUCAGAAAGAAUGGAAUUAUUAUUCAGGACUUCAACACUCAAGUCCACCUCAAAGUCAUGCAGCCAUUAUUGAUCUCUCUUUUCUUGUAUAUCAUAUUUAUAACUAAUUUGAUGAUUAUGGUAAGUGGCUUUUUCCUGUUUCAUACAUUAAUGUCAUUGAUUUUAGAGAUAAUGACAACUGUAUGUCCUUUAGCACAUUCCAUAAUAUUAAUAUGGUCCAAUCCGAAACUGAAAAAAGUGGCUGGUCGCAUUAUAAACAUCAGACAAAGAAUUUCAUUAACAGGAGAAGAUGGCAACAGAUAUCCAUCCCUGUGUCUGAACAGAGACUGCUUCUGUCUGAAUGUGCAAUAA